AACUCCCUUCCACUGCGUCCCAUCACGUCGGUCAGCCGCCCAUCGCUCUUUCCCAAGACCAUGUUACGGGAAUUGAAUGAGUAGCGGUGGCAUUGUUUCAUUUUACUCCCAAGCAUAUGUGUCCGCUCACGCCUGACGUUCCUCGUUUGGUGUGAUUUUUAGGGAAAGGACUGUAGGUCCGGAGGCUCCUUUGUUCCCGACGUUCAUUACUAUUCUCAGACUGUACGAGAGCCAUUUCACUAUCAUAUUUCUCUUAACCCCGCGAAACCUUGGAAUCUCAUAGCUGUGAGGGCCAUAUUUCCAUCCAGCGGGCGGCUUUUGAGUCGGGUCCGAGGCGCAACGAGUUGACAAUAGAUCAUUCGUUGCGUGACCUUCAAGCUAUCACGAUUUUCAGAUCUGACAAGUGUACAAGCUCUCCAAUCUCUCCCAAGCUCUUUCUACUCUACCUUUCACAGUUGCUAUUGGCAAUCCAAUCCAUCACACCCUUCCUGUUCUAUCCUGCGUCCUGGCCGAGGUAUCUCAUCCCCAAGAGAGGCUGCAAUGGAGCUUUCCUCGUUGCCUCACAGUCCAACCGAAGACGAUGGCAAUACUGCUUCAUCUCAGGCUGGUGCAUUUUCAGACGAUGUGAAGUUCUUCACACCAAGGAACAAUUGUCUCUCUAAUGUCAAUACAUCCGACCAAGCCGCCAUGAGCUUGCAGGGUCAGUCGAGCAGGGACAACAAACGAAAGGCUGCUCAUAGCAUUGUGGAAGUCACCGAUACUAGCCAAGACCUAGGCACAUCCAAGAGGCCGAAGUUUGAGGCUAUGAGGACCAAGCCACCUCAGUUGCCUGGGGACAGAUCACUUCUUCCCUCUGGAAUAUGGCAUCGGGUUUUCGCAUUUCUCCCCCCUAGGAGCUUGGGUACCUUGCUACGAGUUAACAAGCUUUUCAACGGGUAUCUUGAUUCUCACUCCGCUUUCGGCAAUACUGCUCUUUACCCGGAAAAUGCGAGUCUCUUCAAGCCAAUGAAACCAGAUACAGUCUGGCAGCAUUCAAGGAGAUUGCACCAUCCCAGAAUGCCCUCCCCGCUGGAGAAUCGUACUGAACUCGAUAUGUGGCGGCUAUGCUGCACCAAAAUUUGUCAAUAUUGCGGUGUUACAAAGCCGAUUGAUCAACAACAAGAGAGUUCUGAUCCCUGGCGUCCGGGGCCUGGAGUGUGUGGUCUGGCAACUGUAUUUGCAUUUGGCGUCACCUGUUGCGGUCCCUGUCUUUUGAAACAUUCUGUGAAGGUCUGUUUGGUGCUUAAAUCUCGUCAUUUUUCGUCUCGAAACUAAACGUUCCAUAGGAGAUCGACCUGUUACUUUCUUCCACAAUCCCAUCAUCCCUCAUCCCAGCACUCGCCUCUGUCUUCGUCACACCCGAACUGCAGGCCAUUCCAUCGAGCACCUUGGAAACCAACGUGGGCGAUAACAAGCUGGAGACUACAAAAUUAUACUCAACCUCCAGCAUCACUGCCGCCAAGGAACAGCUAAACGUGGUUCAGAGCCUUGGGACAGCAGCCGUCGAAGAGUGGCUCAAAGGACUAGGCGCCCAGGGUAAAGAGCUCAGAAUUGAUGCAUCAAGAUGGGAGAAGUGGGCCGCGGCUGGCGGUCUGGCGCAAAUGUGCCGGAGCGUGCAAACUAUGGGAAACGGCAGUAAUGAUGGACUGCCGCAAGACCAAGACCACGAACCACGAACCUCCUCUCAAACUUCUUUAGAGGACCGAGAUUCUGAAGGCCGCAGAAGGUCAGAUAAGACCCACGAAGAGGCUGCCGCGCGGAAAGCAUUACGGCGUGCUGAAAUCGAGCGGCGCGCAAUGUUACUCGACCCUCCUCUGCCACCCAACGUUGUUGUUCACAUGCCUUCCUUUCAAGCAGCCAUACAAAUCACGGCCGCCUUGGACGAGAAUGCGUGGAAUACGCUGAAGCCCAGAUUGCUGUCUCAACGAGCCGAUGCCGAGAGGAACGUCAACAGGGGUCUUACUGAAUCUCGGAGCUCCAGCAUUGAAACGAAGGUCGAGACAACAAGAGAAGUGACAGAUCAAGACUGGGAUGAUAUCCAAGGUCCGGUACGAGCGCGAAUGUCAAAAUAUGCCGACGAGAUCAUCCGCGGUAGCUGGAACAAGGGUCGCAAAGUCAACAAGGAGAAUAGCCCACGUUUUGCAGUAGGGGUACUCCUAUCCGUGCGGUCAAGAUUUUACGCCGAUGUUGCGAAAGACACUGCGGAUGCUAUCGCAGCUGGGCGGCAGCCUGUUGUUGAUCCCCAAGGUGGCCCUUUUACACAGAAGCUCACUCUGGAGAACAUGAAGUGGGUAUUUGAUAUGAAGAUCAAACAGCAUACCGAGCCGUAUAGGAAGGAGUUGUUUCUUUGCAAUGGUUGCGAAAGUCAUAGGUUCUACGGGUUCGAGGGGGUCAUACAACACUAUGCCGCAAAGCAUACCAAAGCCCUCAGUCUCGGCAACAUCGUUGUUCACUGGAGAGCUGAAUGGCCGGAGCAGCCCAUAUUCAAACCCAACGGCCGAUCGACCAAAGGUUCUCAGCAAGCCGCAGGAAAGGGAACCGCCCAAGGUCAUGCGGCAACAGGACCCCGGCCACCUCAAGGUCAUGAUACUCCUAGUCGGAGUGGCAGUCUCCUGCCUAGCCAUGUGCACCGUUUUCCUUCGGACCAAGUUCCACCCCUUUCCUAUCACGCACCACAAGCUGCUCCGUACAAUGCAUUGCCAACAUACAGUACGGAUGCCAGGAUACCGCGUGCGCCCUACCUACCGCCGAACUUUGGGCUGUCUGGCGCCCCUCAAUUUCACCCUGUGGCAUCUUCUAGCUUUGGACCUAUACCUCCUGGCCCCCAAGAGCAACCUCGGAACAUGCUAGAGGCACCAUAUAGUGCGCAACCGCAUAGCACUUUUCCACAUCAAGGCAAUUUUCAGCCACCGUCUGCUACACCUCAAGGAAUGCCCUUUGCGUCAUCGUACACCACUCAGUUGGAAAACUUGGCUCGGAUAGCGAGAGACAUUUGGAACUCGCUUAGCACAACCAGGGAUUUACCUGGGCCUUUGAGAGUAUACAUCACUAUACACCAUGUGGUCAAACGUUUCUGGCAAAAAUUUGGCGAGACUCCCUCGUUGCGGAUGUUUAACGAUGGCUUAUCAAACAACAAGGCUAUGCGUCCAGUUCGCAAUAUCAAUGGACUGAGGUGCAGAUCCUGUACAUUGGGUCUAGGGCCACCAGUCAAUCCAGAACGCACCAUGUUCUCGCUCCCGCAGCUCGUCAAUCACUUCGAAAACCAACAUGCCGGAUUGCAGCAGGUCGGGCUCAGGAGUGAGCCAGGCCUCGAUUGGACUCAAGACAUGAUCCUAAUGCCGGAUGUAUCAGAAAUUCCUGACUUGAAAGCCAUUAUUGGCGGCAAGGGACACAAGUUCAACCUCGUCAACGAAGCAGUCCCCUGGGUCUUCAAUAGGCCCAACGGACCUACACAACAAUCUGUGGCCGCAUGGCCUUUGGGCGGGGUGGUACAGCCCAGCGAUUCAGGUCGGACCACGGAUGAUAUUUGGCACACAUAUGCUACGCAUGCAGAUGCUUCCAGUCAUGAACGCAACCCCUGGCAUGGUCCUGGAGCCAUUCGAGAACCACCGAUCGGGGGUCAAGAGCAACAACGCCGAGACACGCAGCCGUCAACGGAAGAUUAUAAUCGAAGAUCCGCAGCACUCCCGUAUAAGCCACUGGUCCCUCCUCAUGAAGCACGCGAACCAGGACGCACCCUUCGGGCCUCACACAUUGACCCUUGCCGACAAAGCUCUUGGGGCGCUUCUCCGACAGAGUUUGAUCGUGAGGGUCGCACCAUUUACUUUGACAGUGGACAUCCUGCAGGUGGCAACAAAACAGAUCAUUACAUGCCGUCAGGCUACUCCCCAAACCGUACCUCAGCAUUGCCCGACGAAAAUUGCCACGGGUACCGUGAGCCAAGUCGAGCCCCUGAUCGAGCUCUGGUCGAAUCUCGGUAUGGGCAUGGUAGUAGAUACCCCGUAGAGGAGGAAGAGAGAGUCAUUCGUACGUUGGAUCAGUCGAGGUUGGUUCGGUCACGCCCAUUGCUUGACCGGGAGCAACUGUUACCGCAGGACACAAGGCCUGGCUCAGCAAGAUGUGCCCCAGUAAUUCCUCAUUCUUCCAGGGCUGCUGAGUUAGAUUCUACACGUUCAUCAGCGGGGGAUCCCGAUGACUUUAGCUUGACUGCGGCUCUCGAGUCACAUCUUGCUCAAGAUCGUGACGCGCUGGCUCGGGUACCCAAGGCUGGGCUGCUAGAGCGCGAGAUAGUUCGUCAAGAGCGCCGUUCCACAGCGCGCGACGGCCCUCCAUCGGACUUUCCCAAUUACCCUAAACGACGACGCAUGGAAGUAGAAGUUUUCGAUGACGCUCGCCAUGGACACUCCACGCAAUACAUCGCAGAGUCGCAUGGAUCCCGUCACACCGGACAUGCUUCUGAGGUGUCGACGUACUACCACAGCCCAGCGGUCACUCAAAAUUCAGGUCGUAGCAGCGACAACCGCAGCGCAACGCGCUGUGCGAGCGCGACUCGCCCUCAGUCUGCAGAUUAUGAGGAGACUUAUGAAAUUGUACAUGUACGAGAUGCAGAGGGAGAGUACAUCGUUCGUCGGCCGAUUCUACGAGAGCGAGAAACGCAUCGGGUUUUGUACGAGGAUGACACUCAUCACCAUCAGAACAGAGGAUCAUACUCACACCGUGGUCACGAUACUCUGUACGACUCGAUGGACCGGACCCCUAUUCCUGGCGAGCGACGAGAUGACUUCCAAAUGCGCGAAGCUUGCACUGCAGGAGCCCAAUAUACCAUUGCUCCAUCAUCGUAUGCAGAAUAUGACCCAGACAACCUAGCGUCCAUGUCGGAUCCCUGCGCGAAAAGACCAUCAGAGUACUAGCUAGACAUUGUACCUCUUUAAUGGGAUAGGAAUAGCAUAACACAGUAGUCAAAUGCAGCCGAAUAGCACCAUGCUCUACUUUAUCUUCCUCGUAUCCAAAUCUAUUUUCAUGUCCGAAAAAGCUGAGCAUCAAGCCUGACUCCGUGUGAUUGCAACGGACAAAUGGGCAAGGAAUGUGUACGCGUGAGGCG